AUGGCCUCACUAUUAAAUCACCUAGGCAUCAACAGCGAAGCCGCCCAAGAUGACGGCGUUGCCUCCGUCAGAGCCCUGCCAGCCUCUUGGUAUACGUCACAGGAGAUGUUCGAGCUGGAGCGGCGGGCCAUCUUCUCUCGAAAAUGGCUGCUGACGACCCACCAGCUGCGACUCCCAAACACCGGCGACUGGCUAAGGUACGAUGUCUCGGGCUUCUCGUUCGUGCUUGUGCGCGACCGCCAGGGCGAGGUCAACGCUUUCCACAAUGUCUGCCGGCAUCGUGCAUUCCCCGUGGUGACGGAAGACGGCGGGACUUCGAGGAUCUUCUCCUGCAAGUACCACGGCUGGUCGUACGGGCUGAACGGGAAGCUGGCCAAGGCGCCUGGAUACCAGGACCUGGACGGGUUCGACAAGAGCAAGAACGGGCUGCUUCCGAUCCAUGUCCACAUUGACAGCAAUGGGUUCAUCUGGGUGAAUAUGGAUGGCAAGGAGAAGCCGGAUGUUUCGUGGGAGGAGGACUUCAAGGACAUUGACCUGCAGCCCCGGCUCAAGGAUAUCAAGUGGGAGGACUACGAUUUCGACCAUAUCUGGGAGAUGGACGGCGACUACAACUGGAAGGUCCUGGCAGACAACUACAACGAGUGCUACCACUGCGGCACUGCCCACCCGGAUGUUCCCUCGAUUGCUGAUCUGUCGACUUACUCGGUGGACACGAGGGAUGGGUCUAUCAUCCAUGAUGGACACGCGACGCCCGAGCAGAUUGCGGCAGGGUUGAAGAUUUGCAGCACGUACUACUUCCCCAACGCCUCGAUGACUGUCUCGCCACACUUCUUCUUCAUGCAGCGCUUCGUGCCUGUUUCCGCGACCAAGACAAACAUGAAGUACGAAGUCUACCGGAACAGGAACUCCAACGAGGCAGACUUUGAGAAGGUCAACAGCAUGUUCAAGCGCAUCAUGUCCGAGGACAAGUACCUGUGUAACCAGGCACAGAAGAACCUCAACGCGGGGGUGUUUGUGAGUGGGGAGCUGCACCCGACGAUGGAGAAGGGGCCACUGUAUUUCCAAAAGUCAGUGCGAGACCUGGUGGUGCAGCACUUCGAGAAGGAGCAGAAGGCGGGACAGGAGAUCUGGCCAUCGCGCCAGUCGCUGCCCAAGGAGGCGUCUGUGAGCGAGCAGGACGUGCAGUUCUGCCAGAGUCUGAGCUGCAACCCUAAUGGGGGCGAGUGCUGCUCGACGAUUGGCAGCCAGCCGCCAGCAGCAGUAGCCUGGUGA